AUGGAUAUACAUGUACAACUUUACAAAACUGAGUCUGUUAUGUCAAGAUAUGCGUACGCGUAUAUCCCAGUCUGGCCAAGUGGCAGCGACGCUUCUUACAGGCAGGAGUUUGCUGAACCUGCUUAG